GUGGUAACAACUCAUGCUGAUAUAAUUGAGAACAUCUUAUACAUCCUGGUUCGAACAUUUUCUCCCUGCCAUUUUGAGUUGUUCUGGUAUAUAAAGGAAGCUAGGAUAACUAGCUUGAAAGGAAUUAAAUCUAGUUAUACACAUCUUUGGCAUUAAUCUGAUGUUUACUAGUGAUAUCUCACACUGAGCAGUUAUGCUCUGCUUCUAGGGGCUUUUCUUUUUAAAACAAAAGAAAGCUCUUUUCAUUUUCUGUAUGCUGCAUGCUCUAGUGUAUGUGUUUACACCAUCGGUUCUUCUACCUCUAGAGAUUAGCAUAACUCCCUUUGCUGUUGGGUUGUUGUUUUGAACAAUAUGUUUUGGAAAGGCUGAUUUUCAUCAUGAGUGUGAAAGAGUUUCUAGCCAAAGCCAAAGAAGACUUUUUAAAAAAAUGGGAAAAUCCUGCUCCGAAUAAUGCCGGGCUGGAGGACUUUGAAAGGAAAAAAACCCUUGGAACGGGUUCAUUUGGAAGAGUCAUGUUGGUGAAACAUAAAGCCACUGAGCAGUAUUACGCCAUGAAGAUCUUAGAUAAGCAGAAGGUUGUUAAACUGAAGCAAAUAGAGCAUACUUUGAAUGAGAAAAGAAUAUUACAGGCAGUGAAUUUUCCUUUUCUUGUUCGACUGGAGUAUUCUUUUAAGGAUAAUUCUAAUUUAUACAUGGUUAUGGAAUAUGUCCCUGGUGGUGAAAUGUUUUCACAUCUAAGGAGAAUUGGAAGAUUCAGUGAACCCCAUGCACGGUUCUAUGCAGCUCAGAUAGUGCUAACAUUUGAGUAUCUCCAUUCACUAGACCUCAUCUACAGAGAUCUAAAGCCUGAAAAUCUCUUAAUUGACCACCAAGGUUAUAUCCAGGUCACAGACUUUGGGUUUGCCAAAAGAGUUAAAGGCAGAACUUGGACAUUAUGUGGCACUCCAGAAUAUUUGGCUCCAGAAAUAAUCCUCAGCAAGGGCUACAAUAAGGCAGUGGACUGGUGGGCAUUAGGAGUGCUAAUCUAUGAAAUGGCAGCUGGCUACCCCCCAUUCUUUGCAGACCAGCCAAUUCAGAUUUAUGAGAAGAUUGUCUCCGGAAAGGUCCGAUUCCCAUCGCACUUCAGUUCGGAUCUCAAGGACCUUCUAAGGAACCUGCUGCAGGUGGACUUGACGAAGCGGUUCGGAAACCUGAAGAACGGCGUGAGCGACAUAAAAACUCACAAGUGGUUUGCCACAACAGACUGGAUCGCUAUUUACCAGAGGAAGGUUGAAGCUCCAUUCAUACCAAAGUUCCGAGGCUCUGGAGAUACCAGCAACUUUGAUGACUAUGAAGAAGAAGAUAUCCGUGUCUCUAUAACAGAAAAAUGUGGAAAAGAAUUUUGCGAAUUUUAGGGAUGAGCAACCAGAUGACAUCAGAGCUCACACUCAGUCUUUGCACUCUGUUGAGAGAGAAGGUGGAGCCGAGACCGUCCUUGUCGAAGCAGUUACCUAGUUCCUUCAUUCCAGCGACUGAGUGAGGUCUUAAUUGCCGUCAUCCGUGUGUGCACUCUGCAUCACCUGUGUAACAAGGCACCGCUAAGCACGCGUCGUCUGUGCCAGAGCACAGAACGAGACACUUUCCUGCUGCUCUUUGGUUUGUCUUUCUCCUCUCCUCCUACAUCCAUUUCUUCCUUUCUCGUUUCAUUAGUUUUUCUGCAAAUAGUGCUUGAUUUUAUUUUGUUGGUGUUUCAGAUGGGCAGUGUUACGGCUCUGUGACAUUGGAAGGAAGGGUGAAUGUUGCUCUUAGAAGUGCUUGCCAAUAUUUUUGUUGGUCAGUUGCUUGAGGAUAUACUUUCUAAUAAUUGUUUUUACUUUGAGUAGCUCAUACUGUUUUGCCAAAACUCUUGACAAUUUUUGAAGAUAGUGUCUCUUCACCAAGGAAAUUUAUACAAACAAAAUAAUAACUUUCUUAGAACUCACUAACACAGAGUAGCUAGACCCAGCAAUUUGGAUUCCUGCAGCUCAGAAGCUCUGUUUCCCUUUGUCACCUUUUCUGUCGUCAUCCCCUUGAGGAACUAAGUGACCAGCCUGUGCAGCGUGACAGGCAUGUCUCAUUUGCAGGAAAAGUGAACGAUAAGGCUCACUGUCACCCGGAUUCCCUCACCUGGUACCAGCACUUUCGUAGGUAACAGAGAGGAGUUCUAAGAUUCCUAAACCUUAACUUUCCAUCAGGGUUUUAGCCAAUAUUUUAAUAAAAUGUGACUAAACGAAGUGACGCAUUUUUAAGUUUCUCAAAUAGUGCUCAUUGUAAACUUUUUUAAAAGAAGAGAAAUGAGCUAAAAAAGAACAUUAAUAUGGACAAAUACUUGGCUAAGUCAAACAAAUGGCUUGAUUUUUGUAAACAAUACGGAGGCACUUUCAUUUAAAUGCAGAGGGGUUUUGUUUGUUUUGCUUUGCUUGUGUUUUGUCGCAGAGACAACAGAAGGCGCUGUUGCCGGGCGACUGCGCUGGGGCGUCCGCCGGAUUUGUCAGCCUCUGCGGAGGCGCUGUCGCGGCUCCGCUUCCGCCCCGUGCCUCACCAAUGGAAAAGGACGAAGUUCACAAAACUGCCACAGUUGUGUUUUAAUUUUGAGGUGUGGUCUUUUUAGAUAUGUCAAUUUCUAGCCUCUUCUUUUAUUAAACAGAAUUAUGAUCAUGCAGAUACAAUUUUAGUAUUUGAGUUUAGAUUUUUAUAUACUUUUUGCCAACUGACUUAACAUGGCUGUCAUGUGGAAAUUUCAAGCACUUUUGCACAUUUUGUUCACUGUUGAGACUCCAUGGCUUAACUCAGUUUUUAAACUAUUUUUUUCCUUUGCUUUUAAAUUUACUGUCUGGUUUUAUCUCUGUGUGUCAGUGACCUAUCAUAAGAUGACACACCAAAAUAGUUAAAAAUAAACUGUGUUCAUUUUUUAUGAUCAAUUUACAUGCAUAUAAGAUGAGCUGUAUUUAAUCAGACUGAUCUCAAUGUACAUAAGCACUCUUUUUUCGCUUCAUCACCGGUGCAGAUAGGUCACUGACUCUACUUCUUCUCAUCUGUACCACACCCUUGUAACACCUUUGAAGACACUGAAAGAUCUGUCUGAGAUGUUCUCUGCAUCACUCUGUACAUCUUUUGUUUGUCAAGUGUUUCUGCAUGGUCAUGUCACUUAAAAGCUGAUACUGAUUGACUGGUCCACCUAUAUUUAAAACGUGCAAGAAAAAUGAAAUACUUUGCUGUAGCAAGUUUUAUGUAACAAAAAUAUAUCAUGUUAAUAAAUUUAAAACAUCAUUUGUAUAAAAUAUUUUAAUUAGUUUUUUUUAUUUCAUUUAGACCCAAGAACAUGCUGAUCAUGUAUUCUAUAUGUAUGCUAUAAAUGCUAUGGUACCUUUGUUGUAUAUUAUUGUAAAAUUAUUGCAUAAUAAUUUUAAUAAGUCAUAGGGAUGACAAUUUGAUUAUUACAUUUUUAGAGUUCCAGUAAUUUAAAAAGAUUUCUAUGAAUUCUGAAAAAAAAUUUUAUGAAAUUACUACUGCCCAGUACAAUUUGCUAUAGAAUCUAUAGAAUCUAGGUAGUGACCCCUAGGCAUACGCUGGUUUUGAGGGCUAGUUAGCCACGUAACUCUCCAUUUAAAGGACAUUAGCAAGCUUUCAAAUAUCUCAAGGGAGUCUAUUUCUAACCACUCAAGUACACUGAAUUAGAAUCUUAGAAUUAUAUAAAAUUCCCAGUUUCAGCCACAGUUUAGCCAAGAAUAAGAUAAAAACUUGAAUAAGAAAUAAAUGGAAUGAAUCAGUAUUUAAUCUCAAAUUACAUUAUUUGAAACAAGAAAUUACAUUUUGCUCAAUAAAUAAUAAGGAGGUGACAUUGUAGAGGAAGGAGCCCUAGACUGAAAGUCAAGUUGUCUGAGUGUCAGGCCUGAUCUGUCACUAUCCUCAUGCCCUUGGCCUCAGUUGUCUUAUCUGUGAAAUGGAAGAGUUCCAUCAGGCAGUUUCUGAGGUCCCUUCUAACUUUGACGUGUUGUGACGAGAUUCUUUUUAUGUGGCGUUUUUGAAGUGCUCACGUGCUUUGGAGCCAGCCGUGGUAAGGCGGUAUUUUAGGGCAUCUUCCUUCUUACUCUUACAGUGUUCUUACAGUUCUUUGAAUAUCAUGAGAACCUUGUAUCUGUUCUGAUUCCUUCCUCCUUCACUGAUGCUAAAUAUCUAAUUGAUAUCAAACUGUCAGCCUACCAAAAAAAUAUUGUGGCUUGUGGGCAUUGCUGUCUUGUUUUGAUAUGUUCUUGUAGUGACUGCCCAUUGGCCUGAAAAUACUCUUUGUAAGCCUAAAAUAAUCAUUUUUAUUUCCCACUGUUUUUUCUGCUUGUUGAAGAAUCAAAUGAAAUAAUGUUAUGUGAAAGCACCUUGUACACUGUAACCUAUCAAUGUAAAACGUUAAGGUGUGUUGUUAUUUCAUUACUUACUUCUUUGUUUAGAAUGGAAUUUCCUAUGCACCACUGUAGCUAGGAAAUGCUGAAAACAGCUGUGUUUUUUAAUUAAUCAAUAACUGCAAAAUUAAAGUAUCUUCAAAGGAUAAAA